UGAUCGUCACCUUUACUUCUAGAAAAUUAUUCUAAUUUUCAACCUAAUAUAUUAUAAUGUUUUAUUAUAUGUAUAUCUUUAAAUUUAUGCAGCUUAUCAUAAAAUGUCUUUUACGUAAUACUAAUUGAUCGUGACCUUCAUUUUUGAUAAGAUUCUAAUUUUCCACCUGAUAGCAAAAUAAGGAACAAAAAGCGAAAUAAAUGUUUUGAAAUGUUGUACCAAUAAGUAUGUACUCAUUAUCUAUUUAAUCUUAUCGGAAAUAUGGGGCGAAGUCAAAAUUGAUCUUCAUAUAAUUUUUAAUUUAUCGAUGAAAAAAGUAUAAAUACUUGAGUGGUCGUAUUCUAUAUAAAUUCAUUUUCAGAAUUCGUAGGGCAGAACCAUGAGCUUUCAGAUUUACAUCGUAUUAGCGUUGUUAAUACUAUGUACAGCACAGAAGAAUCAAUAUGUAUUUGUAGCCGAGGAGAAUAGUGAAAUAUCUUGGCCAUCGGAAACCGAGACAAAUGAAUAUUAUCCAACAUGGGACAGUUUAGAUAGCCGCCUCCUUCCAGAAUGGUACGAUGAUGCAAAAUUUGGCAUUUUUAUUCAUUGGGGCGUUUUCAGUGUUCCCAGUUUUGGAUCUGAAUGGUUUUGGAAUAAUUGGCGAGAAAAUACCAGUACCAAAUACCGUGACUUUAUGAAGCAAAGGUAUCCACCCAAUUUUACGUACCAGGACUUUGCUCAUGAGUUCACAGCUGAAUUUUUUAAUGCCACACAAUGGAGCGAAUUGUUUCAAGCUUCCGGUGCAAAAUACGUAGUAUUAACAAGCAAACAUCACGAAGGAUAUACAUUAUGGCCUUCUAAAUAUUCAUUUAGUUGGAAUUCUAUGGACGUGGGCCCAAGGAAAGAUCUGAUAGGUGAAUUGGCCGCAGCAAUAAAGGAAUCGACGAGUUUGAAAUUUGGUCUGUAUCAUUCCAUGUACGAAUGGUACAAUCCCCUUUAUUUAUACGACAAAAACAACAAAUUCACGACACAAGUGUUUGUUAAACAAAAGAUAUUGCCUGAAUUGCAAGAAUUAGUAGAGAAAUACGAGCCAGAGAUUAUAUGGUCAGAUGGAGAUUGGGAAGCAUCAGAUACUUAUUGGCAGUCAAAGGAAUUUUUAGCUUGGUUGUAUAAUGAAAGCCCUGUGAAAAAUACUGUUGUUGUAAAUGAUAGAUGGGGUCAGAACAUACCGUGUCAUCAUGGCGAUUUUUACACGUGUUCUGAUCGAUAUAAUCCUGGAGUGCUUCUACCCCACAAGUGGGAAAACUGUAUGACGAUCGACAGGAAAUCUUGGGGAUUUCGAAGAAAUGCUCAUUUAUCAGAAUACUUCACUUUACGAGAAUUGGUAAAGGAGCUCGUAGUUACUGUAAGCUGUGGAGGAAAUUUAUUAAUGAAUGUUGGGCCAACGAAAGAUGGUAUCAUUGUUCCAAUAUUUGAAGAAAGGUUGCGUCAAAUGGGUGAUUGGUUGAAAAUGAAUGGCGAAGCUAUUUACAAUACCAAACCUUGGACAAGUCAGAAUGACACUUUCACAGACAGUGUUUGGUAUACACAUGGCAUAAAGCAAAUUUAUCCAGCAGGAGAUAAUCGACUUUAUGCAAUAAUUCUCGAGUGGCCAGAAGGAGGCAUAUUGCACUUGGGUUCAGUUAAAACAGUUAAAAUCGACCAACUUUCUUUACUUGGAUCUGAGUUAACAAUUAAAUGGAAUCAAGAUAGUGGAGGCUUGACUGUACUCUUACCAGCAGAAUGUCACAAAGGGCAACCAGCUUGGGUAUUGAAAAUAAAACAAAAGUAAUAGAUAACGAUUAACA